CAAGACGUGGCGCGUCUCUUGUGUGCGCCGCCUGUUACCGCCGCUGUGAACGCGAUGCCGGGUCUGCACCCAGCGCAGACGACCUGAACCGGGCGGCCGAGGCGGUUGUGACUACAUCACUUGUUCCAUUAAAGAGAAGACUCAUUGAUUGAUUACCAUGGCUGACCAGUACAGUAUGUUUCUCAGCACGGCACCUCCCCUCCGGCGUGGAAGCACACCCCUGCCUCUCAAACACCAGCUGCGGAGGGAAGAGGCCAUAUCUGAGGACUGUGAUUGGAUCCCGGGCAUCGAGGAGCCUGCCAUGUUGCCAAUCAGUGACACAGGGUUGCCCCAGGAUGAGUCCUUCAACCAAUCAGCAGCCGCCCAGUCGGCUUACCACAGCCACGGCGGGGCAUUGAAGAUAGUCUUACUGGGACAGAAUGGCGUGGGCAAGUCGUCGCUAGCCUUAUCUCUGGCCGGGCAGUCGGACAGAUCCCUCUCUAUAGACUCUGAAACGCAAGCAUGCGGUGAGGGCUACGAGUGCUCAGUGACAGUCGACGACGAGGACAGCAAGCUCAUCAUAUUUGACAACUGGAAACAGGACUUUUCCACUCUACAGUGUGAUGUGUGUAUCCUGGUCUUCUCAGUGACUGACAGGCGGAGUUUCCACCGCACUGCCCAGCUCCGCCUUCUCCUCAGGGAGUCCCAGCCACACACACCAAUCAUCCUGGUGGGCAACAAAAGCGACCUUGUCCGCUCCCGUGAAAUCAGCUCAGAAGAGGCCCAAUCCAGCAGCAUGAUGUUCGACUGCGUCUACAUGGAGCUCUCAGCCUCCCUGGACCAUGGUACCAACGAGCUGUUGGAGGCCGCAGUUCGGACCGCAAGGGGCGACUGCGUGGGACCCGGCUGGACUGACGGCGACCCCGGGGCAGGCCGCAGAGAGAGCCUGACCAGCCGGGCCAAGCGCUUCCUGUCUGGGCUGGUACCGCGCUCAUACGGUCGAGACCGAGACCGGGAUCGGGGCCGCUACCGGGAGAUGAGCCGCCACCGGGGCAGCAAGAUCCUCCGCCAGAAGUCCCGCUCCUGCCACGACCUCAGUGCACUGUGAAACACACACACAUGCAUACACACAGGAAAAGAGAUACACUGCCACAUAUGAACACACACAUACACGCCAGAUUGAAGGAUAUGGAUGAGGGGGAGGUUUAGAAGAGGGUAAAAUGGAAGAUAGUAGGGGUUUGCAGAUGACUAGAUGUAGCGACAAAGAAGGAAAUGGAGGAGACUGACAUGAGUGGGAAAAUUAGAGGGUUGGAAGGACAGAAAUUUAGCAUUGGCAGGUAAAGGUCGAGGAAGUUGAAGAGGGAGAUAAAGUGGUAGAGAAAGUUGGUCAGAUAGAGCCGAAAUCAGCAAGGAUUGCAGCUCGGAACCUUUGUGUUCUCCCUAUCAGUGAAAGCAAUUUUCAGAGAGAAAAUGGCCAGGUUGGAGAGAAGAACAGAGAAACAGAUAAGGAGGUGAGCUUGAUUUUCUGCUUUCAGCUCGGGGGAAUCAGUGAGCGCUCAUCACCUGAUGAGAACAGGAAAAAAAAUUAGCGACAGUGUAGAGAGUCACUUCUAGAUGCUGAUUGAAUGCUUACUGUGGCGAAACAGGAGGGUGGGGGGGUCACAAAUAAAUACACAUUCAAGUAGCACUAACUGAUUAUGUAGAGACUGAUAGCAAUCUAAUGUGUACCCUGUUUUAUAGCAUGCCGAGUAGACGAUCCAAGACGUGACCCUGUAGGUUUACAGUUACCGGGUUGACUGUACCUCAGUGGCCAAUAGCUAGCUAAUGCACAAUUCAGCUAGUGUCCUUAGCAAUGCCAUCUCAAAGGCAAGACCCUUUAUUUAUAAAAAAAUUAAAUAAAAAAAUGCACCUCUGGGCAAUCUUCACACUGCAUCCACCUUUUGUGUCCCGUACUGACUUUGAAGUGUUUUGAUGAUACCACCAAUGGCACAUGUUCAUCUGUGAUUUUUUUUAUACAAGGCUAAAAAAUAUCAGCGCCCAAGCCAUAUUUCCGCUGAAUGCAUCCUGAGCGUUCAGCACAAAGAACCCUUUACCGAAGUAUGUGGAGCGAAAGAAAAAAGGUCAAAGUGGCUAUGAGGAAUAAGACGUAAGCAGCGGAUUGACCGGACUGAACUUUUCUUCAAUAGAAGCUGAGUCACAGAACACUGGGGCGUUCUCGAGGCACAUGAGGACAAACAAGAGAAAACCUAAUCUACCUGUGGCUGUUUGAUGUUUUUUCAUUUUUUCUCUUUUUACCCACUGGCAUUGUUACGUGUUCAGAAGGAAGUCUGUGGGGGCUGGCAACACAAGUGACCCCAAAGAGAACGUUCUGGAAACGUUGCUUGGAUAUCUUGUCAAGCUCGAGGCAGCGUCACUGAUACAUGCUCACUCGUUUGUCACAGUCUACUAAGCACUCUCUUCU